CAUCGAACGAAUCACUAGCUCUUGUCUAUAUCAACAUUUUAUAUAAAUAACGAAACAUAUUCGAAAAAUAUAGACCGAAUAUUUACAGAAGAAGUCCAUGGAGAAGUCAACGCGGCCCAAGCGUAAUCGUCGUCACAGCAGACGCGCCUGGCCACCGGAGGAUGAACUGCAGCCGGCAACGCGAGUCGCCAAACGCCUAUUUACACCUGAUAUCAAGAGGAUGCUCAAGGACUGGCUGAUCCGGCGCCGGGAGAAUCCCUAUCCCAGUCGGGAGGAGAAGAAGCAACUGGCAGGGGAGACGGGACUUACCUACACGCAGAUCUGUAAUUGGUUUGCCAACUGGCGGCGGAAGCUGAAAAACUCGGAGCGCGAGAAGGCCAAGAAGUCGUGGGGACAUCUGAUCAAGAACUACAACCACAAUGCGAGGGGCAAUGUGGAGCAGUUCAGCAUCUCGUCGGAGGAUAGUAUUUGGGAGGAGGAAAUGCGCUUGUGUCCUGGUGGAGAUGAUGACGACUUCGAAGACGAUGGCGACGACGACGACGACGGGUUGUCCAGCCACAGCACCGGCAGCGAUGGCAACGCCCACAACGACUCCACUACCCAAUACAAGCCAAACUUCUAUGUAGAGUCUGCAGAGGAGCUUUCCGGACGGAUACGUAUGCCUACGACAAUGGUGGGCAGAGCUAAGUACAAGCACCAGAUGAUGGAGAAGUAUCUGCGGGAUAGUUCUGCUAGCGAGGCCAUCAACAAUAACGCUCAACCGGGCACCCAACUCAACAAGUGGUUGGAGAGCGCCGCCAAAUUCACGCCGGACAGGAGUAAUUAUCACAUCGAGUGGAAUUCGACCAGACAGAAGAGCAACGUAGGCAACGGGCAGAGCCAUCUGAUGUUCUCCAACGAUGCGGCGGCCUCCCGGGGAGAUAGUUGGAUGCUCCAUCACAAGGAUGAACUUGACGCUGCGGAGGCCCUGGCCAAUCUGGCCUACAACUGCAGGCAGCGCUGGCACCAGCAGCAUACCGCCACUAUCAGCUCGUGAGCGGUGCCAUCGAACUGACGCCAUCAUUCCAGCAGAUGUUCGGAAAGUGCAAUCUAUCUAGUCGUAAAAGGCAUGCGUCCAGAUCGUGCCGCAGUAGUUAAUCAAUUUGUAGAAGCUAUAGUUUAGUA